UUCAAUCUUUUGAAAAUGCAGCUCCGGAUAGAAGAAGAGGACAAAACUCAUUUCUUUUUCAUGUUCCAAAAUCCUUUCGCUAUACAUUCUGUUAUUAGAAAGAUUUUUGUUUGCGUGUUUAGUGUCAUAAUGUCCAAUAGAAAAGGAUGGAGUGACUGGCAAAAUAAAAAGAAUGAUUGGGACAUCUCAAAGCGACCAAAACUUGACAUCCACAAAAAUAACCUCAGCCAAUCGUCAUCAGCAUCAACGUCCUCUGGCAACAAAUCGACUCUUCCUAUUAGUGCUGGCCGUGGCGGUAGUUUUAAAAGGACUAAUUCAAUGCCGUCCAGUUCUCAUUCUUCUCCUCAGAAAGAUCUGCAAGAUGGAUUUGUUGACAUUAAUCAAGAAGAGUUUGAUGCCAUUGAAGCAAAGGCCUUGGCAGAAGCUGCAGCAGCAAUUGAGCUACAGAUUGCUCAAAGUCAACAAAUAGAAACAUUCAAUGCAGGAGUCAAAGCAAAGGCGAUGCCUCUGCCUCCUGUAGAUUUCAGGAACAAUGGCAGCAGUAAUUUUGAGAACUUGUUUACAGAAGAGAUAGCUGAAGAGGAUGUAGAAGAGUGCAUGGCGUUAGCUUCUCAGGAAAUACAAUCCAGUCAAAAUGCUGCUGCUGCAGGAAAUUGCUCAUUUUCUCAAGCGUAUAAUGUUUUUUCUAAGGGAGUUGAUGCUCACUCAUCUGUUCUAGAACCACCAUCUUUUAAGAAGCCUGCUCCUCCUAUUAGUUUACCUAAACAAACAAAUGCUUGGCCUGGAGCUCCCUUGAGAUCAUCUAACUUACCUGGAACAAGCAGAAAUGGAAGCACUAGUGUACAUCCUUCUUUAAGACCUAACUCAGCACAAUCAAGAAAUAUUAUUGAACCCAAAGUAACUACUGUGAAUCCUCAGGCAGAAACUGAGGUCCGGCGUUUAGCUCAAAUAAAUGAUGAGCAAGCUAAAGAGCUCAAACGACUGAAGGAACAAGUUAGGAAUAGAGAUGGCGAGGCAUCUAUUCUUAGAAGUCAACUAAGACAAGCAAUCAUAGAGAAGGAAAAUCAUAAGUCUUACACUGCAAAAAGUACUUUAGCUACUGAACUGCAAUUUAAAGAAAAAUUAAGUGAAAUGGAAUCUCAAAUAGAAGCCAUGAGAAUAAAGCUACAAUUUCAGGAAGCAGAGACAAACACAGCAAAAGAACGGUAUAAAUUAUUAUCCAGUAACAGUGAAAGAUUAAGACUUGUUGAACCAAAAAGCCCAGGAACUUCUUUACAAACAGGUGCCCCUACCCUCCGAACUCCUUCCCGGCAACGUCAUGUCAGUGGUUUCAUGAACAGGUCAACGUUUGAAGAGCCUCACUCGCCACGCCGACCAGCAAAGCGGUCCAGACCUAAUGAUGAGGAGGAUCAAGUUAACUUAGAUUGUGCUCCUGUCCCAGAACCAAUUUUUACUGCACAGAAACCAGAAACUAAAGAUGUCGGGGAGCAAACAUCAUUUGACCCUUCUGACGCCAUAGGUGGUCAGAGAAAGUCUCCCUUAACAUUGAGUGAAAUGUUAUCUGAUAGGUUGACUGGAGUUCAACUGGCCACUGUUGAGGUCUGGAAUGUAGAGUCUUGGAAAACUGAUAAGAGUUGUUUUAAUGAGGAAGAGAAUAUUCCAACCUUGCGGCUUUUAGAAAUUGACCGAAAGUCUAGACCAAAAUGUGAUCCGCUUGAUCCCAGAAGACCACGUCUUAUUAAUUGUGCCCAAAAUUUGAAACAUUUGAUGAGUUGGAAAGACACGAAUAUUGACUGUUCACCUACCAAAGUUGCCAUCUGUCAAAUUGCUGAAGAAUGCUCAGGUAUUUUGCACUUCAACUUGUUUUUAGUACAAACUAUUGGACAACCAUCUGAAAAAGAUUUAAGGGAUAGGGACCGAGAUAUAAUCAUGAGGGGUUCUCUGAUCGUCCCUCUCAAUGAUUUUGACCUCCUGGAUGAGAAGCAGUGGUACAAAGAAGAAUAUGGGGUUGAAAUGCGAAGAAGUCUUGGUAUCCUAAGUGAAAUUGCAUUUGUUUCACCAUUUGCUGCAUCCCUAGUUACUGGAGGCCUUGCGCCAAGUGAUACUGUAAUCAAAAGACACAAAUUUACCGAGUUACCUGAAUAUUCUUCACUCAAACAAAGUAUCCCUGAAGAAGAAGGAGAUCGAUUUUACAUGAUGAGGCUCCUCUUGGACAUUUGUUCAACAAUUGUUGAACUGAAAUUAACUAUAUCCUUUAAUGGAGUUCUUGCUGGCAUACUUACCCUACUCAAAAAUUGUGCACGACACAACGUUUUAGAGGAGGAGGGUCAAAGAUAUAUACUGAAAAUAAUUCAUCAUGUACUAAUAGCAAGGCCAGCAAGCAAAGUCCUAGUUCUGUUGGUAGAUCUCUUGACAUCAGUGAGCAGUUUCCAAACAAUCAUGAGUAGCUUAUGCACAAAAUGUGACAAUGAUGACAAUAUUGUUGAAAUUAAUGGAUUAUGUACAUUUACAAAAAGUACAUGCAUUCUUCAAUUGUUAUUUAUUCAUCUGAAGGCAGUCACAGAAAAUAACCGUUGGUACUUAAUAGACAGUGUGUCUGAAUGGCUUGUAGCAGUUGUUGCUCAAGAUUCUGAUGCACCAGCUUGGAUUUUAGCAAGUCCUGGCAUCAACGAAGAGCCACAUGUUGAGUGCUGUGUAAUAGCAACAUGCACUCUGAUUCAGUUAUUGUCUGAUGUCUUAGAAAGGUUUAAGAGAAUUCUCUUGGAGGAAGAACUAGGAAACAUGUCACCAUCUACGAUGAUUAUGUCAAGACAUAAAGAGGAGAGAAAUUUAAAAAAUAUCCUAGUCCAAAUCAUGAGGAGAAGCAUUAUUUUAUGUCGAAAACUUGUUCAAAAUCACAUGUUUCAGUUUAUGGGCCGUGUAGAAGGUCUGUAUGAGAUCCUUGUCCACGGAAUUGAGAAAAAUCAGAAACACCUUAAACUUUCCUCUGAUCUAGAGUUGUAUUUGGAUGAUCUUUCAAGAGCAGAACAUGCAGCGUGGCAUUCACCGAGCUCUGGAGUGCACAGCCCUCUGGCUAAUCCUCAAUUUAAGUUGUACUUAGAUUUUGCCACUGCGUCUGUUUUGAAAUAAAAUGAUCGUUGAAUGAUUA